AAGCAUAUAUUUUAUUAUCCAUACAAUUCCGGAAAACAACGUUAUAUAAAGGAUGUCUUAAUGCCCGUCCUCCGCGCUUGACUCUUUAUCCACUGCUAGGGGCUGCUUGGCCUGUCAUAGUGUAAGGGUGCUAAGAUUUUCUCAAGUCUCCUGCAAUGGCUGCUUUUAGGAAUUUCUUGAAGAAAAAAGCUUUAACAUGCAACGAGCUUCCACUGCGGAGAUUGUUCUCCGGCGAAGCAGCUGUUGAUUCUUCUUCUUUUGCUCAAAGAGUCAGGGAUCUGCCCAAAAAACUUCCUGGAACUAAAAUCAAGACUGAAGUUUCUCAACUCAUUGGGAGAACUCCCCUGGUAUAUCUUAACAGAGUGACUGAUGGAUGUGGAGCAUAUAUUGCUGUCAAGCAAGAGAUGAUGCAACCAACUGCCAGUAUCAAAGACAGACCAGCCUUUUCAAUGAUCAAUGAUGCAGAACAGAAGAAUUUAAUCACUCCUGGAAAGACUACCUUGAUAGAGCCAACAUCUGGUAAUAUGGGUAUUAGUAUGGCAUUUAUGGCAGCCAUGAAAGGGUACAAGAUGGUUUUAACUAUGCCCUCGUACACAAGCUUGGAGAGGAGAGUGACUAUGAGAGCGUUUGGAGCUGAGCUAAUUCUCACUGAUCCCACCAAGGGAAUGGGAGGAACAGUUAAGAAAGCCUAUGAUCUUUUGGAAUCCACACCAAAUGCUUUCAUGCUACAACAAUUUGCAAAUCCAGCAAAUACUAAGAUCCAUUUUGAAACUACAGGUCCUGAAAUAUGGGAGGAUACACUUGGACAAGUUGACAUCUUUGUAAUGGGAAUAGGCAGUGGGGGAACAGUCUCCGGCGUUGGGCAGUACCUUAAAUCCCAAAAUCCUAAUGUCAAGAUAUAUGGAGUGGAGCCUGCUGAAAGUAAUGUGCUGAAUGGUGGUAAACCAGGUCCUCAUCAUAUUACUGGAAAUGGGGUUGGAUUCAAACCAGACAUAUUGGACAUGGAUGUAAUGGAAAAAGUUCUCGAGGUUAGUAGUGAAGAUGCAGUAAAUAUGGCUAGAAGAUUGGCAUUGGAGGAGGGGCUUAUGGUGGGAAUUUCUUCUGGAGCCAACACAGUUGCUGCACUUAGACUUGCUAGAAUGCCAGAGAACAGAGGCAAACUCAUUGUGACAAUUCAUCCAAGUUUUGGCGAACGAUACUUAUCAUCUGUCCUUUUCCAAGAACUGAGGCAAGAAGCUGAAAAUAUGCAACCAGUUUCAGUUGACUAAUUUUUUUUUUUUUUUUUUUUUGCAAACGGAUUGAUAAAUAAUAAAAUGCUAAAUCUCUCGUGUAACCAUUUACUAGUUUACCUGUGUACUUGUUACUCUUUUGAGUUAAAAUUAUAUAUCCCAAGCAUUGAUUGAUCAUAAA